CAGCCAUUCUUUCUACUGCAGUUCCACAACCAGACUUCUCCUCUCUCCUCUCUUCUCUCUCUCUCUCUCUCUCUGAAUCGCACCAGGUUGGCCCCUAGGGUUCGGAUUCGGACUCGCGUCUUCCCCUCCGAUUUCGAGGUAUCGAUGCCCCAAUUAGUGAAUGCUGCGUCAUGAUGUCGGGAUAACAAAGAAUAACUGAAGGAUUCUGAUCCCCAUUGCCCUAGAAAAGCACUUCCUCCCUGAUAAGAUGGAGGACGAGAAUGGCCUUGACCUUGGUUUGGGUCUCUCCUGUGGUGGAUCUGCUGGCAAGCUUAAGGGCAAAAGUGGUACUGGUACCUCGGAUUCGACGGCAGAAGAUGAUAGGGGGAGCAGAAUAGUUGGUGACUUUAAAGAUUUUCUACAUGGUGGUUCACAAAAGCAGGACUCUGGAGCUGGAUCUCAAAGUGAUUCAGCAAAACCUCCAGAAAACUUCUUCAGUGAUCUUUCAAAGGCAUCCAGUGAUGCAGAUGCUUCUGUGAAUUUGAGUGGAAAAGGACCAUGGGUUGCUGGGAUCUACAGGCCCUCUGAAACGAAUGGAGAAAACCAGACAGAGACGAGCAAUAAAAGGAGAAUGCCUUUUGAUGAGAUAAAUUAUCCAAAUAAGCAUGGCAGAGAAGUUGGUUAUGGCAAUGUGCAUGACAAGCCUAAAAGUUCGUAUGUCUCCAUAGCAACAGAAGAUGGUUCAGCUGCUGAUAAUGAAGAUGUGGCAGAUUCAGAAGUUGAGGGUUCAACCUCAAGAUUGGCCCAACACCAUGAUGACAGCUCUAAACGGUUCAAUCCAGAGCUUGCUAAAGAAGCUCAUGGGUUCUCUGAUUGUAGGACUGCGGAAUUGCAAAACCAGAAGAGAUUUCAUGCUCCAUCAGAAAAUGAGUUCAAACUGAACCCAGGUUAUGGCGUUCCAUUCUCUAUCCAACCGAUGAACAUGGUAAAUGGGUCCCACUCAGUCACUCCAAGGGACUCUAACUCUACAGCUGCACCAGGCACACCUGGUUAUCCACCUGCCGGAGUUAUACAGUCUGUGACUCCAGCUAAUUUGCCAAUGAUGUUUGGGUACCCACCAGUUCAACUUCCGACAAUGGAUAAGGAUCACCCAUGGGGGUUGGUUCCUCAUGCUCAACAGCUGCAUUCUUCAUACACAGGCAAAGUUCCACCUAACUUAGCCUCCAAUCAAGUGGUUUCUCGCACUUCACCUGAGGUUGCCCAAUAUGGUGGGAGGAUGCCCGAACUAGUCAAAGGUGAGGAGAAACAGCACAGGUCCGAAGAAGGUUCCUCUACUCGGACCGAAGAAGAUGCGAAGGGAACAGCUGAAGUCUUUUCCAUCGACUUCCCUGCCAUCAAGCCGGGUAUUGCUGCGGAUGUGAAAUUUGGUGGAUGUGGUUCCUAUCCGAAUCUCCCUUGGGUUUCUACUACUGGACCUGCCCCAAAUGGCAGGACCAUUUCAGGUGUUCCUUACAGAUUCAGUGCGAACCAAAUCAAGAUCGUUUGUGCUUGUCAUGGUUCUCACAUGUCCCCUGAAGAGUUUGUCCAGCAUGCAGCAGAGGAGCCUGCUAAUCCAGAUGGUGGUGCCGGUUUGUCAACAUUCCCAAACAACAAUCCUGCUGCCUCUGCUCAGAGCUGAAGCUGUACCAGAGAGCCCCCUGUUGGCUGAUAUCUCUGGCCUCUAAUCAAGGAAACGGGAUGUGGCUUUGUAUAUUAGUGAGAUUCCCUCACUUCCUCGCUAAUUUACCUCUUUGGCGAUGUACUUUUUAGCCUACUUCAUUAAUUUCUGCAGUAACCUGCUUCCCUAGUUUCUGUAUGUAAUAAUGUUCUGGAAUCUAGAAUCGUGUUCUUGUUAAAUAGUAAUAUUUUAUAGUUUGGAUUCCGCAUUAUGUAUUUUGAAUUGAUUUCAUCUAUCGAAAGAUCUGUUAACUCUGACUUGAUA